AUGGCGCAGAACCCAUCAGCACCGACCUCGUCGCUGGAGCCGCCGAGUCUGCUGGUGGUGGGAGCAGGCCCGGUGGGUCUCGUCGCGGCGUGCGAGUUGCGGCGACACGGGCUGCACGUCCGCGUCGUCGAGCGGAAUCGCGCGCCGUCGGAGCACUCUAAGGCGCUGGCGCUGCACGCGCGCACGCUCGAGAUCUUAUCCGCGCAUGACGGCGUCGUGGACGCUUUAAUCUCCGCUGGAACCAUAGUGGAGGGGAUCGAGGUUCGAACAGACGGACACCUGGCAGCGUCGCUCUCUCUCUCCGAGUUAAACGGCUGCCCCGCCGGAGAUGACGGCGGACGGCACGGCAGGGACCACGGCCUGGCGCGCCGCGAGGAGCAAUCCGCUGAUUGUGUGGGCGAUUCGAGGCCGAGCGUGUGGGCGACGCGGUUCCCGUUUGUGCUGAUGGUGCCGCAGAGCGACACGGAACGGAUUCUGGCGCGGUGCCUCAAGGACGUGUACGGGACGGAUGUGGAGUGGCAGACGGAGCUUGUCAGAAUCCGUCAGGACCCGAGUGCAGUGCACGUGGAGCUUCAGCAUGCGCAUGCACGCACAAGGCAACCCCGCACCCCUGCCACACCAUCCCACACCACAGCCACUGCAGCAGAGACAGGCUCAGGGACUGCAACCAGGGCAACGAGAGGGGCAGGGCGUGAGAUGGAGAGAGAGGGGUGGAGAUCGGUGGAGGGGGGUGAGGUGGGGUCGGGGGAGGUGGAGGCGGCGACAUUUGACCUGGUGUGUGCAUGUGACGGGCCGCACAGCACGUGCCGCCGCCAGCUGGGACUCUCCUUUGACGGGUUGCAAUACCCCAUGCACGCUCUCCUUGCUGACGUGGCUCUCUCCCAUUGGCCAUUCCCGAGGAACAAGGGCCACGUGUUCACUCGAGGUAAACAAGUGGUGGCACCUGGUGUGGGGGGAAGAGGGGGGAGAGGGGGGGGAGGGGGAGGGGGAGGUGUUUUAGUGGCUCUGCCGUUUGGGGUGGAUGGCUUGUGGCGGUUGAUCUUUGAUGAAGGGACGGCCAGGGUGUUUGCUCCCGCGGGGCUGAUUGAACAAAUCGAGGCCCGCAGGCUAGGCAAGGGGAAGGCAGCGGAGGGAGGUGGGGCAGCAGCAGGGGAAGUGGGGGAACGGAGGCUUGGGGAGAGGACAGGGAGAGGAGGUGACAAUGACAAGAGUGAAAUUCCGUAUGUGGAGAUCCCAGCAGGGAUUUCGUCCUCAUCCUCAGCAGAUGUAUGUGAAACCACAGAGGUCCCUCCAUCAGCAUCAGACACCCCAUUCGCAGCAGCAAAUGCAUCAUCAACGCUAUCGACAGCAGGAGUCUCAUCCCCAGCACUGGUAUCUGAGACCGCCCAUCAUGGCCCGGCCUCCAUCCCUUCCGCCCCGCUUCCUUCCACUCCCCCUUCUGCUGCCUCUGCUUCUAGUCUUGCCGCUGAUGGUUCUUGUGGUGGCAGCACUGAUACAGCACCGUCCCCUUCCCCAGUGACACCUCAGCAGCCAGAGUUGACAUCUCAGACACCUCAGCAGCCAGCAUCACCUCAGCACGUGUCAGCCAUGCUCAACGCCAUCGCGCCAUGUGGCGCCCACGUGGACAGCAUCCAUUGGUGCAGCGUUUUCAGCAUGCACCUGCGCUCCCUGAACCGCUUCUUCCAUUCCCGCGUUUUAUUCCUGGGCGAUGCAGCGCACAUUCACAGCCCUGUAGGCGGCCAGGGGCUUAACACAGGAGUGCAGGAUGCUUAUAACGCAGCAUGGAAGGUCGCUCUGGUGGGAAGAGGCAUCGCAGGCCCUGACGGAGGCACACCCGCCCACCACCUGCUGCUCUUUGCCGGCACCGGCUUAAAGCCAUCCCUGCUGCGCCAGCUCAGGCUUUUCAAAGAUGAGGCACUGGCAGCAGCGGUGGGGGGGAGAAGAGGGACGGAGGGCGAGGAAGCAGCUUGGAAGAUUCCAGUUUCCGUGCAUUGCGUUUUGGAGGCUCGGGCGCCAGCUGAGGGGAUAGUGCAGGCUUGCCGUGAGCUGAUUGGUGGCGUAAACAUCAACGUUAACAUCAGCAGCAGCAGCGGCAGCAGUGCCAGCUGCAGUGGCAGUGGCAGCGGCAGCGGCAGCGGCAGCGGCGGCAGCAGCAGCGGUGUGUGUGAUCCAUGGGGGCAUGUGAGCGUGUGUGUGGAUGCGCAUGGGUAUGCAUACGAGAGGUACCAUGGGGAUGCAUGUCCGUUCUACCUGGUGAGGCCCGAUGGGCAUGUGGCGCUGAGGGCUGGGCAGUGGCAGCCGGGCAGGGCACAGGCGUACUUUGAUGGGCUUAGAGGGCGACUGGGCAAGGCUGGAGGGGGGUAG